CGAUUUUGUUACUUUAUGGUCUGUAUAGUGGGUCUGUGAUUCGGUAUUCGGAUAUCAAAUUUUUGUGCAAACAUUGUUUCUGAAGAUGUUAUUGAAUAGUUGUAGCGUAAGAGUUUGCAUGAGUGUCGGUGGUCUCCUAUAAUGUGGUAAAGGAAAAACGAAGCAUGGCGGCUGACACGGCGGUGGCCGCGAGCCCCGAGGAGACCCUGGAGGCGCUGCUGCGCGAGGCGGAGGCGCUCAAGCAGCGCCUGGAAGAGGAGCGCCAGAAGCUGAACGACGUCACGCUGAGCAGUGUGGCGGAGCGGCUGGAGCCCCUCAAUAUCCCCAACCUGAAAAUGCGCCGAGUGCUUAAAGGUCACCAGUCAAAGGUCCUCUGUUGUGACUGGUCUCCUGAUAAACGCCAUCUUGUGUCUUCUUCUCAGGACGGGAAGCUGAUCAUCUGGGACGCGUUCUCGAACACCAAGGAGCUCACCAUCGCCAUGGCCAGCACGUGGGUGAUGGCCUGCGCCUACGCGCCGUCGGGCAACGCGCUGGCGGCCGGCGGCCUGGACAACAAGGUGACCGUGUUCCCGCUGGGCGACGACGAGCCGGCGGCGCGCAAGCGCACCGUGGCCACGCACACGUCGUACGUGUCGGCGUGCCUGUUCCCCAACUCCGACCGCCAGCUGGUCACGGCCAGCGGCGACGGCUCGUGCGCGCUGUGGGACGUGGAGUCGGGCCAGCUGCUGCAGAGCUUCCAGGCGCACGCGGCCGACGUGCUGGCGCUGGACCUGGCGCCCACCGACCUGGGCGACACCUUCGUGUCGGGCGGCUGCGACCGCGCCGUGCUGCUGUGGGACAUGCGCUCGGGGCAGCCCGUGCAGGCCUUCGACGCGCACCUCAGCGACGUGACGGCCGUGCGCUUCCACCCGGCCGGCGACGCGCUGGCCUCGGGCUGCGACGACGCGGCCUGCCGCCUGUUCGACCUGCGCGCCGACCGCGAGGUGGCGCGCUUCGGCCGCGCCAGCCUGCUGUUCGGCGUGGGCUCGGUGGAGUGGUCGCUGAGCGGCCGCCUGCUGUUCGCGGGCUACGCCGACCACUCGGCCUGCGCCUGGGACGCGCUGCGGGCCACGCGCGCCUGCGCGCUCACGCCGCACGAGCACCGCGUGGCGCGCGUGCAGCUGUCGCCCGACGGCACGGCCGUGGCCACGGCGUCGUGGGACACCACGCUGCGCGUGUGGGCCUAGUAGUGUAUAUUCCCGCAAUACCUUCCGAGUACGGAAUAGAAGAUGUAUUCCAUUUAAACUAUGUUUAAAAUAAGUGCGUACGUCUAAAGAUAUAAACGUGUGCUGCAUUGUCAAAUUUAGAUGAUCAUUUUGGCAAAGAUUCCCUAAUUUUAGGUAGAAUAUUAUACACAUAAUGUCGUACUUCAUUGUUGGGUUACAUUCUAACAACAUAACUAACUACACCUCAAAGCCAUCCCAGACGUUAGUCUAUUUGAGAUUAGUAUGUCCAGCAUUAGACGUCAAUCGGUGAAGUGAUAGGAUGCCGAUGAAGUUAUAUGAUUGCCAGUCUGUAGCAUGGAAAAACUCAUAGAUGGAAAUAAUUUGUUCAAAAAAGAAACAAAAUAGUAUGUUUCGUAUCUAUUUAUUCGAUGUCUCUCGUAAAUAUUCAUUAGCGAUUGACAAACUACCGUGCCCCUAUUGUGAGCUACCAAAAUUAUCAUACUAAAUUUGGUAAAGCAAAGCGACGCCAAAUUUCAUUACAAAUGCUAAUCGACAGAUGUGCUACCAUUGAGUCUCCAGCCACUUGCUGUAUGAUGAACUAUCUGUUAAAAGCAAAUAAUGAAAUGUUGCUGGUAGUCAAAUUUGAAUGUGUUAUCCCCAAUUAUGCUAUUACCAAUAAACUAAUUUAACAACU